AUGGAGCCUGUUAUGAAGGUGACCCUUUUCGGAGUCGUUGGGAAUGGCAAGUCUUCUAUCGGGAAUAAGUUGAUUAAUGGUGAUAUGUCAGGUCCCUUCCCGGUUAAUGAUGGUGAAGUCGAGGUAAGAGUAGAUGGGAAUAUGAUGGUUUCUUCCUCAGAAAGGUAUAAAGGAAUCGACAUGUCCGGAGUAGAUGAACCGAAUUUAAGCGAUAACUCACAUGAGGAGUUCGUCGAAUCGAUUCGAAAUUGUUUCUCAAAUCAACAUUUACUUCUCAACUUUAUAUGUUAUGUAACGAAAGAAGCAAAGUCUUAUUUAGGAGAAGAAAUGAAAAUGUUUUCUUUAUUUAAAAAAAUUUUUAAAAGGGAUGAGAGAAAUUUUGUCAUAAUUUUUACUCAUAGUUCACAAGAAUGGGUUAUUAGAGGAAUUCAUCCAAUGAUUGGGGUCGACUCUCCCUAUCAUAAUGGACAAGAUACUCGUGAACAGACGAGAGAGGUAAAAUUUGCGGAAGCUGUCACCAUCUUACCAGUGUUAGGCACUGCAUAUAGAUUGUUCUCUGCUGGUACUUAUUAUAUGGUGGGAAAACCAGAAACAUCAAAAGAAAGACUUCCGGAAGGAUCUAUUAAAGGAAUCGUGAUUGUCCUUGAUGAAUCACGUCUUGGACCUAAUUCAAGUACAAGACGUACCCUCUUGAGAAAUUCUACCUUUGGACCGAACGCGUCAUCUAAACAUGCCCAUCUGUUUCCUUUAAACAAUGGGAAAAUAUUUGUGAAUCCUAUCGAAAACCACAAACCUCAAGAGCACGAACUUGAACUUUCAAGACGCCUUCAAAAAGGAAAAUGUUGUAUCUUUACAGGAGCUGGUGUAUCAGCCGCAAUUCUUAAUCUUGAUCCAAUCCUUACCAAAGAUAAUGCUAAAACAUGCGUCAAAACUGUUGGAAGUUGGAGUGGUUUACUUGAAGCCGUAGCUAAAGAAUUUUUCAAAACGUACGGUUCAUCCUAUAUUUCCUUGGAGGAUAUUAAGGACUUAUUAGAAUUUAGGAAUAAAAUUGAAGAGAAAAUUUCAAGGCAUAAAAUUUUGACAAAGGAAGAAAAAGAUGAAUUAAAUAAAGCUCUUGAACGUGCAUUUGAAACGGAUUAUGAAUCAUUGAAAACAAAUCUGGUCAAAAAGUUUGCAAAUGAUCAAGAAAAGCACGAUUUGGUUUCCGAGAUUGACGUUGAUAUUAAACUGAUGUCAUUUGUAAUUAAAAGAAUUUGUAAAGAAUUACCAUCAUCCGAUGUUGGUGAAGACGGAAUUGGGAUUAAACUCUUGGAAAGAGUCGCUCUGAAUCCAUGGGGUCAGUAUGUUGUCGUUGAACAAUCAACGCAAAUCAUAAAUGAACUCAUUACCAGAGUUAACAAAUUCACAACUAUUACUAAAAGUGGUAGCGCAUGGGAAAGGGGUUCUAAAGCUUGUCAACAAAGACUUGUUGAAUUAAAAAAUGAAAUUGAAUCUUGUAACCCAAAAGAAGUUGAAAAAUUAAAAUACUUUCAAGCUCGUUAUAAAGAGUUACACACGUUAUUCGAUCAAUUCUCAACCGCAACCAAGGAUUCCCCAUACGCCAAAGAUUUUGCCACAGAUUUCAAAUCCACGUUAAUUGGUAUUGUGUCAACAAACGAAAACAAUCUCAAUGGAACUUUCAGACGCCUAACUGAACUUGCUCUUAGUCAAUUAAAGUCAAACCCACACGCACCAUUGUCAAAAACUUUAAAUCGAUUAUGUGAAAAGAAUGUCCUCUUAACCGCAAAUUAUGAUACGUUCUUGGCCAGUGCAUUAUUCCGAAAUGUCCUUGAUUAUACGGAAGAUUUAUCAGAUAUCAAACAAUUAGAUUUAAUCAUUCCCGACGAUGAUAAACCAGAUUUAGGACUUCAUUCGCGUUUCGUUAUUCAUGUGCAUGGACUUUAUUAUGAUAAAGGCCGCUUUGUAAUUUCGGAAGAAGAAUACAAAGAUACAGCAACGAUCUUUCUUAAUUUUUUAAAAAUACUUAUCGUACAAAAGAAACGUUCGUUGGUAUUUGUAGGGGUUGGUGAGGGAGGAUUAACUGAUUGGCAUAUGGCAUAUUUGUUUAAGGAUUUGGCCGAAAGGAAAGAUGCCGAUGAACAUCCAAUUCAUUAUUGGAUCGUGUUAAAAGGUACUCCCUUACCCGGUCCUUCCGAAUUUUCCGAGUUGGAAACUACCGAAGAAGAAAUGAGACCUACUUUAGAUUAUUUUGCUAGAAAGGUUAAGAUUGUAGAAUACGGAACAUCUCACGACGAAUUGUCACCAUAUUUAGAUUAUGUUUUUGAACUUGCAAAAAAUUAA